UCAGGACAAUCUGUUUGACACGAGCGGUAUAAAUACAUACAUACGUAGGCCAAGGGAAGUCUUCAGUUACCCUUGACCUAACCUUGUCUUGUUCAAGUUUACGUAUUAAUUUGGUUGCCAGUAAUAAUCAUGGGUAACCUUUCUCUCUUUGUGCUGACUUCGAUUUCGUUAAUGAUAAAGCAAUAUGUCGAGCAAUAUCGGAAAGACGACUUGGACAUGACUCUGGCGGAGCUGGAACCAGACAUGAGUCUCCCAAGGAUACAAACGUACGACUUUAUAAUCGUAGGCGCUGGUGCAGCGGGAUGCCUUCUCGCGGGCAGGCUCUCCCAAUAUUUCAGGGUUUUACUGCUAGAAACGGGCGGAAAUCCACCUCCCGCUGUGAAUACUUUCGUCUGGACAAAUCAAUUUAUUAUCGAUCCUGCUAUCAAUUACCAAUUCCAGUCCAAACAGCAACACUUUUCAUUGGAAAAUGGCGGGGUGUUAAACAUCACACAUGGGAGAAUGAUGGGCGGCUCGGGAUCGCAUAACAACAAUUACUACAAUCGUGGCUCUCCACACGACUACGAUCAAUUUGCAAGCAUUACGCAAGACCCGAGUUGGAGUUAUCUAAAUGUUAUCCACCAUUUUAAAAGACUUGAAAGUUUUAGUGGACUUUUAAUCAAUGAAGAUCAAAGAGUAUGCGGACGUUCCCUAGAUUUUUGGCAAAGAAAUAAAAAAGUAAGCAAUAACAUACAAUUAGAUUUUUACGGUACGAAUGGACCCAUUUCUGUUACUACGUCGCACGGACCAACGCUUGGACUUUGGCUAGCGGCCGGCAGGGAAUUAGGAUUUCAGACGGCAGAUACAAACGCGUUCCAGAUUGAGGCCUUCUCCCCAGUGAUGUUAUCGACUAAGAAUUCUUUACGUGCUAGUUCCUACACCGCUUUUAUUCAAGGGGUUGAAAAGACCAGGCCUAAUUUGAGAGUGCUGCGAUAUUCUCAAGUUCAAAAGAUUCUAAUUGAUGAAAACAAAGUCGCGUACGGUGUAACAUAUUUGCGACACGGAAUUCCACAAAUUGCUCACGCUUCGAAAGAAGUUAUCGUUUCUGCGGGAGCCAUACUUUCGCCAAUAAUGCUCAUGAAAUCCGGCAUCGGCCCUUCACAAACUCUCCGCGCCGCCAAUAUCCCAAUCGUCCAAGAUCUCCCCGGAGUGGGCCAAAAUCUCCUGGAUCAUGCCGACAUACAUUUCAAAUUUCAGAUUCAAAACCCCUCCGCCGCCCAAACCCUUUAUCCAUUCUUCACAGAAUCUGGCAUGCAAGAUGAACUUAUCAAGUUCCAAGCUCCUAUAAAAACGGGAGCGUUUAGCACGGAAAAUGUGCAUCAAGCGUUUAUCGUCUCGUCUCGUGCGAAACGAGACAAUGAAGGGAAUUGGCCUGAUUAUCAUUUGUUUUUUCAAAUGAAUGAUCUAGCCGGACUUGCGAUAAAUGCAACCCAGAUCAGGAUGCGCGUAGAAUUUGGGAGACCAAAAUCACGAGGGUGUGUCUUUCUGAAUACAGAAGCGUAUGCUGCGGGGGAAGUGGACGAUGAGAAAUUGGUCAGCCUUGACUUGGGGAUAUUUACGGAUCCCACUGAUAUCGAUGUUCUCCUCGAGGGCAUUCGCCUGGUUUUCAGUAUUAGCAAAACCGGAGCAUUUCAACCGUUGGAUUUGAGGUAUAAACCCGAAGUUCCAGAGGCCUGUAAAUUUUAUCCUUUUGACUCGGACGACUACUGGAAGUGCUACAUCAUGCAGACAUCAAGCACAUCGUUUCAUAUGUCGGGAACUUGUGUAAUGGGCAGAAGAGAUGAUCCACUCGCCGUGGUCGACUCGGAAUUAAAGGUGCGUGGAGUCUCACGAUUACGCGUCGUUGAUGCCAGCGUUCUUCCAACUUCGACGAACGGAAAUCCGAAUGCUCCCACGCAACUUGCCGCUGAGAAAACGGCGUGCCUCAUGCUUCGGGAUUAUCUGGAUCCAAAUAGCGAUCCCAAUAUGUGUCCGUUAGAUAAUCCUGCGUUUUUUACGUCAUUUCAUGAGUAGUGGCCCUGGUUGCAAACUAGUAAAUAUCUAGAUAAAUAAUUACUAAAUAAGUACUAAACUCAAAUGGAAUAGGAAACCAGGUGAUAAAAGUUUAAAAUUAAGUAGUUUUAAAAUCUUGAUUAAAUUUAUUUUAAAUGUACAAUUUAACUUUAUAUUUCGUAAUAAAUUGUAACAUGUACAUAGUUCCCGCAUAUGAGUUUGCUCUUUGAAUUAUGGCCAAAAUCUUGCAGAGGUCCGGUUUUUUAAUUGUCGCUGAUUUACACAUUGUGCUUAUUAAGGUGCUACAAAAGCUUUCAAAAAAUAUUAAGAUUUGGUUAAAUGGCGAGAAAAUUUACGAAAAACACCCUUGGAAUUUUUUAGCUACAUAUGUAUGUACAUCUUGUGAAAAGAAAACAUGUGAAAUUUUAUAACUCUGUAGAAUUCUGGAGCAAAACGUCACACGGUUAAUAACUUAAUAAAACGUUCAUUCAUUCAUCCCAAACUCCAUUCAUUGGGGACGCUUCACUCUUAAAAAUAAUGUUACCUUUUUAAAAAGUACU